AGACGCAUGCGUGCUAAGCAAAUUGCCAAAAUAGCCCCUUGAGUAAGUGGCAGCUUUAAAAACCAACCAGCUGCUGACUUCAAACCAGAAGGUCAGAGGAGGAAAGUAGAAGUCAGAUACUGAAGGAUCAAGGAGCCCAUAGGAGUUUCACAGCGUGUGGGAUUUUGGAGACUGGAACAACUUGACUGCAGGUUCUAGUUGGAGACCUUGCCUGUUGCCUCUCUUUCUGUCUUCAGACUCCAAGAUGAAUGUGCAGGCUUGUUCUAGGUGUGGCUAUGGGGUUUAUCCUGCUGAGAAGAUCAGCUGUAUAGAUCAGAUAUGGCAUAAAGCGUGUUUUCACUGUGAAGUCUGCAAGAUGAUGUUGUCUGUCAAUAACUUUGUGAGUCACCAGAAAAAGCCGUAUUGUCACGCCCAUAACCCUAAGAACAACACCUUCACUAGUGUCUAUCACACUCCUUUAAAUCUAAAUGUGAAGAAGUGUCUGGGAGCCAUGGGUGGGAUCAAUGACCAAGAAGAUGGUGAGCAGUUUAAAUCAGUUUUUCACUGGGACAUGAAAUCCAAGGAUGGAGCAGGUGCACCUAAUAGGCAACCACUGGUGAACGAGAGAGCCUACUGGCCUGGAUAUGGGGAAGGGCAUACUUGGUAUCCAGGAGCUCUGCCAGACCCUGAAAUCGUCAGGAUAGUUGAGGCUCGACAGUCUCUUGGUGAGGAAUAUUCAGAGGACUAUGAGCAACAGAGAGGCAAAGGGAGCUUCCCAGCCAUGAUCACACCUGCUUAUCAAAGAGCCAAGAAAGCCAAUCAACUAGCCAGCCAAGUGGAAUACAAAAAAGGACAUGAUGAGCGCAUCUCCAGGUUCACCCCGGUGGUGGAUACCCCUGAGCUGCUUCGGGCCAAGGCAGGGGGACAGUUUCAAAGUGAUGUGAGAUACACAGAGGACUAUGAACAGCAGAAAGGGAAAGGCAGCUUUCCUGCUAUGAUCACACCGGCUUAUCAGAUAGCCAGAAGAGCCAGUGAGCUGGCAAGUGACGUGAGGUACCAUCAACAAUAUCAAAGAGAAAUGAGGGGAGUGGCUGGUCCAGUUGUUGGAGCAGAGGGCACGUUGACAAAGGAAUGUGUAGACCUGUAUGGUCAGGGUUACGUGGAAGCAUAUGAAGAGCCCAGGGGAAAGGGCAGCUUCCCCGCCAUGAUCACCCCAGCUUAUCAGAAUGCCAAGAAGGCCAGUGAACUUGCUAGUGAUAUAAAAUACAGGCAGGACUUCCAUAAGAUGAAAGGCGCUGCACAUUAUCAUUCUCUCCCAGCAGAACACAACUUGGUUCUUAAAAGGGCUCAGAGUGUGAACAAGCUUGCAAGCGAGGUGGAGUAUAAGAAGGAUCUGGAAGGUAGUAAAGGUCACAGUAUCAACUACUGUGAGACACCUCAAUUCAGGAGCGUGAGCAAGAUCUCACAAUUCACCAGUGAUAAUAAAUAUAAAGAAAACUACCAGAACCACAUGAGAGGCCACUAUGAAGGAGUUGGUAUGGACAGACGCACACUCCAUGCUCUGAAAGUUGGCAGCCUGGCCAGCAACAUUGCCUACAAGGCUGAUUAUAAACAUGACAUUGUGGACUACAACUAUCCAGCCACUCUUACUCCUUCCUAUCAAACAACAGUGAAGCUGGUGCCCUUGAAAGAUGUCAACUACAGGCAGAGCAUUGCCAAGUUGAAAUACAGCUCCGUGGUCAAUACUCCACAGAUCGUUCAAGCUAAAAUCAAUGCCCAGCAACUAAGCCACGUGAAUUACCGCGCCGACUAUGAGAAAAAUAAGUUGAAUUACACCUUGCCGCAAGAUGUGCCUCAGCUGGUGAAGGCCAAGACCAACGCUGAACUGUUUAGUGAGGUUAAGUACAAAGAAGGCUGGGAGAAGACAAAGGGGAAAGGAUUUGAGAUGAAGCUAGAUGCCAUAUCUCUGUUGGCUGCCAAAGCCUCUGGGGAGCUUGCUAGCAAUAUUAAAUACAAAGAAGAGUAUGAAAAAACAAAAGGAAAAGUCAUGGGAACAACCGACUCGAAGCUUCUGCACUCUCUGCAGGUGGCCAAGAUGAGCAGCGAGGUUGAAUACAAGAAAGGCUUUGAAGAAAGUAAGACCCACUUUCAGCUGCCCUUGGAUAUGGUGAACAUCAGGCAUGCGAAGAAGGCCCAAGCUCUCGCCAGUGACCUGGACUAUAGGAAGAAGCUGCAUGAAUACACUGUGCUGCCUGAAGACAUGAAGACUCGGUGGGCCAAGAAAGCGUAUGGACUCCAAAGCGAGCUGAAGUACAAAGCUGACUUGGCAUGGAUGAAGGGAGUUGGGUGGCUGACUGAAGGGAGUCUCAACCUGGAACAGGCCAAGAAGGCUGGACAGCUUGUCAGUGAGAAAAACUACCGACAGAGGGUUGAUGGGCUGAAGUUCACCAGUGUGGCUGACAGCUCCCAGAUGGAGCAUGCCAAGAAGAGCCAGGAGCUGCAGAGUGGGGUGGCCUACAAAGCAGAAAAUGAGCAAUCUGUGCAUCAGUAUACCAUCAACAAAGACGAGCCUCUGUUCUUACAGGCCCGAGCCAAUGCUGCUCAUCUCAGUGAGAAACUGUACAAGAGCAGCUGGGAAAAGCAGAAGGCCAAAGGGUUUGAACUGCGUCUUGACUCCUUGACUUUCCUGGCAGCCAAAGCCAAGAGGGACCUGGCCAGUGAGGUAAAGUACAAGGAGGAUUAUGAGAGGUCCAGAGGGAAACUCAUUGGAGCAAAAAGUGCACGGGGCGAUUCGCAAAUAAGCCACUCGCUGCAAAUGUCCAAGCUGCAGAGUGACCUGGAGUACAAGAAGGGCUUCGAGGAUACCAAAUCCCAGUGCCACGUCUCUCUGGACAUGAUCCACCUCGCACAUGCCCGCCAUGCUCAGCACUUAGCCACAGACAUAGGCUACAGGACAGCAUCAAACCGCUUCACAGCUUUGCCCACAGACAUGAAGAUGGAGUGGGCCAGGAAGGCAUAUGACUUGCAGAGUGAUAACCAAUACAAGGCAGAUGUGAAGUGGAUGAAAGGCAUAGGCUGGGUCGCCACUGGGUCAUUAAAUGUGGAGCAGGCGAAGAAGGCAGGAGAACUCAUUAGUGAGAAGAAGUACCGUCAGCAUCCAGAUGCUUUGAAGUUUACCAGUAUUAAAGACACUCCGGAGAUGGUCCAGGCCAGAAUUAGUUAUACCCAAGCAGUGGAUAGGUUGUACAAGGAGCAAGGAGAAAACAUCAAGCAUCAUUACACUCAGACUGCUGAUCUGCCUGAAGUCCUGCUGGCUAAGCUGAAUGCUAUGAACAUCAGUGAGACACGUUAUAAAGAAUCCUGGAGCAAACUUCGAGAUGCUGGAUACAAGUUGAGGUCAGAUGCCAUUCCGUUCCAGGCGGCAAAGGCUUCUGGUGACAUCAUAAGUGAUUACAAAUACAAAGAGGCAUUUGAGAGAAUGAAAGGACAGAUGCUUGGCUCCCGGGGCUUGGAAGAUGAUCUCAGCCUUGCACAUUCAGUGCACGCGACCUCAUUGCAGAGUGAUGUGAAUUACAAGAAAGGCUUUGAACAUUCAAAGGCACACUUCCAUCUGCCGCUGGACAUGGUAACCCUGGUGCAUGCCAAGAAGGCUCAGACCCUGGCCAGUGACCAGGAUUACAGACAUCCGCUCCCCCAGUACACGUCCUUAGCAGAAGACCUGAGGCUGAGCUGUGCCAAGAAAGCUCACAAAUUGCAGAGUGAGAAUUUGUACCGUUCAGACCUGAAUUUCAUGCGAGGAGUCGCCUGUGUUGUUCCUGGCACAUUAGAGAUUGAAGGGAGAAAAAAAGCAUCUGAGCUCAUCAGCGAGAGUAAAUACCGACAGCAUCCUGGGUCAUUCAAGUACACAGCAGUGACAGACACUCCCAAUCUCCUUCACGCAAAGUUCAGCAACCAGAUUACAAAUGAGCGCCUCUAUAAAGCAGCCGGAGAGGAUGCAAGACACCAGUACACAGUGACCUUGGGUUUGCCUGAGUUUGUUCGAGCAAAAACAAAUGCAGCCAAUCUGAGUGAUGCAAAAUACAAGGAGGCUUGGCGUAAUCUUCGUGCUCAAGGCUACAAGCUGACAGCAGAUGCCCUCUCCUUCCAGGCUGCACGGGCCUCUGGAGAGAUAGCCAGCGAUUUUCUCUACAGGCAUGACUUUGUGAAGGAGCGAGGGCAGCAACUUGGGAUCCAGAGUGUAAGUGACGACCCCCGGCUGCAGCACUGUCUGAGGAUGGGACAGCUGCAAAGCGAGCAUCAGUACAGGAAGGAGGCGGCCAGCAGCCAAGCUCAGUGCCACCUGCCCAUGGACAUGCUGCAUCUCGUUCACGCCAGGAAGGCCCAGGCCCUGGCCAGUGACUAUGACUACCGGACGCAGUACCACAAGUUCACAGCACUGCCUGAGGACCUGAAGAUGGCCUGGGCCAAGAAAGCCCACGCUCUGCAAAGUGAGUUUCGCUACAAGUCUGACCUGAUGGGCAUGAAGGGGACCGGAUGGCUGGCACUGAGAUCCCCCCAGAUGGAGAGUGCAAAGAAGGCUGGAGAACUCAUCAGCGAGACCAAAUACCGUAAAAGACCAGACAGUAUCAAGUUCACCACUGUGGUUGACUCCCCAGACCUGGUCCACGCCAAGAACAGCUACAUGCAUUGCAACGAGCGCCUGUAUAGGUCAGGAGAUGCAGAGUCUCUGCACAGAUACACAGUCAUCCCCGACCACCCCGAAUUCACCCGAGCCCGCCUCAACGCGCUGUACCUGAGUGAUAAAGUCUACAGAAACUCUUGGGAGCAGAACCGGGCUGGUGGCUACGACUUCAGGCUGGAUGCCAUCCCGUUCCAGACUGCCCGGGUGUCCAGGGAGAUCGCCAGUGAUUUCCGGUACAAAGAGGCCUUUCUGCGAGACCGGGGCCUGCAGAUUGGGUAUCGCAGCAUCAAUGAUGACCCAAGGAUGAAGCAUUUCCUCAACGUUGGCAGGCUCCAGAGUGACAAUGAAUACAAGAAGGAUUUUGUCAAGAGUCGGUCCCAGUUUCACAGCCGCCCAGACCAGCCUGGCUUCCUCCAGGCCAAGAGGAGCCAGCAACUGGCCAGCGACGUGCAUUACAGGCAGCCCCUGCCCCAGCCCAGCUGCGACCCGGAGCAGCUGGGCCUGAAGCACGCACAGAGAGCCCACCAGCUUCAGAGUGAUGUCAAAUACAAAUCUGACUUGAACCUGACCCGAGGUGUCGGCUGGACCCCGCCUGGCUCCUACAAAGUGGAAAUGGCUCGGCGUGCUGCAGAACUGGCCAACUUGAGGGCCCUGGGUCUCCAGGGGGCUUAUAGGGGGCUGGAGGCAGUGGAGACUGGAGAUCAUCCAAGGGGGGCGGUGAACCCAGACGCCACCGAGAUUCUGCACGUCAAAAGGAAGAAGGCUCUGCUGAUGUGAGCGAGCAGCCUCCACACCCGUUCUCCAGAGAGAAACCACUUGGAUGUGUGCUUGCCAGAGAUACACUAUUCACAGCUUAGGUCUGGGCAAACUGUAAAAAAUGGCACACCAGCCCAUCCUAGAUCUGCCUUUAUUAAAUGAACAACUCUGAAAGCAAACAGAGG